CACCCGGGUGGUGAUGCGGGAACUGCCAGACACUCAAAUCAACAAACGGAGGAGGAGGAUGUUUCAACAAGUGUUCAGUUGAGAGAGCUACCAAAGUCGAGUCUUUCAUUUGUCUGGGUCUCCAUUGGCUGAUGGAGUGGAUGGUAUCGCGAUGUCUCACAGACUGACCAAGGAGGAGUUGGAUGAACAGUUUGAGCAGUUCUUGAAGGAGUCUGUUUCAGACGACUCUGAUAACCACCCCGGCUCUAAAAGCAGUCAGAAAUCAGCCCAGAAACCCACGGCGUCUUGGUGGCAAGAUGGCGAAGACAGCGGUGGAGGAACAGGGGGAGCAGGGACGACCAAAAGCAGAUUUAUCAAAUCUAAAAAGUCUCAGCCUGAGAACAACAAUGUUGUCAGUGCGGAGCCCCUUUAUAAGCCGGUCCCCAAACCGCGCUGCAAAGCUCCUGAUAAACCGGUUCAAUUGGACACGACCCACAAAGACGCCGUUUUGGAGGUUUCCCAAACCGCGGAAAGACACAGAACUCCGUCUUAUGACAGUCUGAGCAGUCCCGCUCAGGAAAUCCUCCAGUGUGUGUCCGGAGAGCGGAGCCCUGAUGAGACCUACUCUGAUGAUACUCUACCUGCCAGCACUGAGAGUCAUUCCCAGGGGGACAGUGAAGAUGGACUGCUGGGAUCUGGGAAGACUUUCAGGAAGUCUUUGAGGAAGUCUAUUCGAGAGGAGGAUGAAGAUCUAGGGGUUGCUGGUUUGAAGGAAGACGGGCUGGAAGCAGCUGUUCUCAGCAGAGACAGUAUUGAGCUACAGGACUCAGCGAGGGUACUGGCUGCAAACGCGACCAUUAUAGGCUUGGACACGAUAGAGGAAGAAGAGGAGAAAGCCAGGUUCUUUGCCCAGCUAGAGGCGGGGGCUUUAUCAACUAUAGAUUACUCCAAGCUGAACAGAGACCUGGACUCAACUAGUUCUACCAUGGGUACUAACCUCAGGAAAGCUGAGGAAGCCGCGGAGCAGAGUGAUGAUGAUCAAAGGGAGGCCAGAGUCACAGAGGCCGUGGCAGAGUCUCCAGCCUUUACAGGUUCCCCACAUUACAGUGAGGAUUUUGAGGAAGAGGAGAAUGAAAAAGAGCCGCUGAAAGAGAAGUCUAAAAUGUCUCCAAUUCUUGCCAAAGUUUCUCUCCAUGAUUCCCUGGAUGACACCGGUGGAGAAGACAGAAGGAAGGACACAGCACUGGACAGAGGCCAGUCGUAUGUGCAGAGCGGAGGCUCAGACAUGGAGGCUCUUCACGAGGCCUACAGACAGAUCCAUGUUGUGGAAGAUUCAGAUGAACAUAAUCCCCAUUAUUCAUCUCUGGAAGGGAGGGGGUUGGUAAACAGACCCGUGUCUCCAUCCUCCCCUCCACAACAUGCCAGCCGGUCUCUUCAGCCUGCUUCUACCAAUGAGUCAGAGCUGCCCACUGCAGAAGAGUUGAUGAGGCUCAUCCGGCCAGAGAAGGACCAAAUGAGGGGCUUCACCCUCCAGCCCGUCAGUGCUGUAGGACUUGACCAAGAAAAGCCAUCCCACUUCUUGGAAAGGACUUUCCCAGAUGUGACUUCUCCAGAGUCACGACUGAAGCCACCAGAAAAGGCUGACCCUGUUGAAGGAGUAAAGGGAGCCAUGGGAUUGUCCAGCUCCCCCGACCCUCCCAACCUGACAUGGAGCAUCAGACAGGAAGUAGAGAGGCUAAUGCAGGACCAGAACAAAUCUUCUACGUACACGUCCUCUCAGGCUGGCAAAGCUAAAAAACAACAGGCCUCCCAUGGCUCCACUAUUUCUCACUCCUAUACAUCUUCGGUGAGGAAACCCACUGUGGCUCCCGUGCGAGGCAGGAGAGUGGAGGGGAGAACAUCAGUGACUUCCAGGUCAUCAGGGCUGAGUAGAGCUGCUGCUACAGCCAGAACCCAGGCUUCUGUUUCCCGUCCUCUGCAGCAUCCACGAGAAACAGCCAAAUUCACAAAGAGCCAAGCAAAAGACGAAAACACAGCAGAGCCGGGUCUGAAGGCAAGCAGUGAGCUGGUGGCAUCUGUUCAGUCCUUAGUGGCUGUCCUCCAACAGCAGAUAGACACCAGCAGUCACCGGGAUGCUACAGCCACCCAGGAAGUCAGAGGUCCUCAAGAAACCAGACCGACACAACAUCUUCCAUACAACAAUAGGGAGGGGGACCGCUCUGUGGUGGAGGAGCUGAGAGUCCAGCUGGCUCAGAAAGAGAGGGAGCUGCAGGUGAUGAAGGAAGGCGCAGAGGAGCUCAACUCCCUCAGACAGCAGAACUACCUACUGCAAAGCAAGCUGCGAACAGCAGAAGAGGCCUGUCAGAAGAAGAGAUGGGCCGAGGCCACGGACUCUGCUGCAGACGAAAAGCUCCGACAAAUUGAUAAAGAAAUAAAAGAGCAGGAGACGCUCAUAAAAGGUUACCAGCAGGAGAAUGAGAAGCUGUAUGUACAGAUGAAGGCUCAGCAGGUUAAGAGUAAAGCCAACGAGGAGGCCAUGUUCAAUGAAAACCAGAGGCUGCUGAGUGAGCUGGCUUUCACAAGGGAGCAGCUGAAUAAAAGCUCAAGGACUGUGGGAAAUGUCUGCUUAAUGGAUCACACUCAACGCAUUACAGACUUGUUAGCCCAAAUAAAUACACAUCAGAGGAAUGAGGCCAAGCUGUCUGAGGACAUUCACACACUGAAGCAAGAAAAGCAGGCUCUUACGGUAGACCUGCAGCUAAUGAAAAAAGAGAGGGAGCUAGCCAAAGCUCGGGCCAUGUCUGCCUCAGGUGACAAGACUUUUGAGAUGCGUGUAUUGGAGGACAAGCACAGAGAAGAAGUGGACGCCCUGAAGAAGAAGCUGCAGUGGUUUGCUGAGAACCAGGAGCUGCUGGACAGAGAUGCUGGCAGACUGAAGGCUGCUACAGCUGAGAUACACCAACUCAAAGAGCAGGUAGAAAAACUGAAAGUGGAUGUGUGCAAAAGAAGCAGUGAGCAGCAGAGAAAGACCAAGGAGAAAACAGUGGAUACUAAGAGGAUGCAGGACCUUCAGCGACAGGUGAAGGAGCUGGAGCAGAUACUCAGACGUAGAAACCCAAACUCCCUGCCGGCUCUGAUCUACGCUGCAGCCGCGACUGGCGAUCAGGGGGAUGUGGCCGCCAAUACGCCCCCCCCCAGCAGGAUCAACGUCCUGCUGGAGCGCAGGAUUCAGCGUCUGGAGGCGGAGCUGGAGAGUCACGAUGAGGAGGCCAAGCGCAGCCUGCGGGCCAUGGAACAACAGUUCCACAGGAUCAAGCUCCGCUAUGAGCAGCAGAUCUCCGAGCUGGAGACACAGCUGGAACAGCAGCUGAAAGCGGCACACUCAGCAGCUGGGACCGAGCGGCCACGGGUGUCACAGGGUCCGACCCUGGAGGAAGAGCUGCAGCGUGUGAAGGAAAGCCAUCAGGAGAAAGAAAAGUCCCUCCAGGACCAGAUUGAGUCCUUCCAGAACCAGAUUGAGUCCCUCCAGGAGCAAAUUGAGUCCCUCCAGGAGCAGCUCAAACACAAGGCUAGCACCGGAGCUACCCAGGCCCAGCCAAGUCCAGGCCGACACCAGCGUCAGGCCGAGGCAGCGUUUGGCGCCCGGAUAGAGCGGCUGAACAAAGACCUCGCCUCCAAGACAAAGACUAUUCAGGAGCUGUGCAGCACGGUGGAGAGACUGAAGAAGGAGAGGAAGAGCAUGCUGUCCGUCCCCAACCCACGCACAGAAACCCGUUCUGCAGAGAUGAAGCGACAACCAGGCCCAGCCAAAACACCCUGUCCCGCUGCUGCUGGAGAGACACAUGGAGGGGAAGAAACCUUUCCCGCUGCUCAUUAUGAGAAGACCUACCAGCCCACUGUCUUUACAGGCAGCCAUAUCUCCGAGGUUCUGCAGGAGAACGAGGCUCUGAAGCAGCGCCUGGAGCUGCUGGAGCUGCGGAGCGAGCAGCAGAGGGAGGCGCUGAAACCUGAUGCUGAACGUGCCACAAAGGAGCUGUGCAGGCUAAAGGAGCACUCUGCAGAGCAGCUGUCCUCCAUGAAAGCAGAGCACCUCAGGGUGUUAGACCAGCUGCGGGCCACCCAUGCCCUGGAACACUCGUCCUCAAAGGUUGCUGAGUUGGCCAAUAAGCUCAACACUCAGGAGAUAAUGACGAAACAUUUACAAGACCAGCUGAAAGAUUUCAAGCGAGCUAAAGAUGCACUGGCAAUAUCCAGGACCCGAGAGGACGCUCUGCAGAAGCAGCUGACCAGACUGCUGACAGAGCUGAAGGAAGCUAAAGAAGCUCAGAGCCCAGAGGUGAAACUCCUGUGUGGCCUGGAGAGGAAGAUCCUCAACAUGGAGCUCAGACACCAGCACAGAGAGAAAGAGCUGCAGCAGGUGAUUGGUGGGUCGUGGCAGACGUUAGAGGCCGAUCAGCAGUCAGAGGUGGAGAGCUGGAAACGUCUGGCUCAGGACAAGAGCAGAGAGUUGGAGGCUUUCCGUCUGGAGCUGGACUCCAUCCUGGACAUCCUAAGACAUCUCCAGAGACAGGGAGUGGUCCUCCCUGCUCCGGACCCCCUCACCCAGAGGAGUUAAAGCACAUGCACAGUUUGACUGAUGCCUGUUAGUGAAAGCUAAUGCUUUGGCUUUGGCUACAUUGAACGCGUAACGUAUGCGGACCGUUCGCUGAGCAGAUGUGCAGCGUUAUGUAUCUUUUAACCGGCUACACCUGCAGCGCACACACGGAGUAGGAUUGUGUGAGUCACAGGAGAUAAGGUGAGCUUUCCCUUUGGGAUUGUUGUUGUUUCUUCAGUUUUUGGAGCCGGCACAGCGCUGUGAAAUGUCCAACAUAUGUCAGCUGCUAACAAAGGACGCAGCCCGGACCCUAUUUUCCUAUGUUUUUGUAUGACUGAUGGGAACAACAAUCUUUGACAUAUGAUCCAGUAUUAAGCGAGAUCGCUGCAGUCGGCAGUCAGCGAA